UUUUUUUUUUCAUCAAACCAAAAAAUAAAAAAAAAAUAGAAAACACCAUCACCUUUUUCCUAUUGUCUUUCCUUUUUGCCCUGAUACAAAAACAUGUCUCGUUUUGGCUUUGUCCGUCCCUCGAAAUAUCGUCACGUUUAUGGUACCUGUGCUAAAAGAGAUGCCUCUUAUGAUAAUUUACGCGUUAGUGCCAAUGCCUGGGAUACAAAUAUGGUGUCUGUCAAUCCUCUCUUUUUAUCAGUAAACUGGCAAUCGUCUGGUGGUGGUGCUUUUGCUGUUAUUCCUUUAUCUACUGUUGGCAAACUUCCUGAAAACUAUCCUCUUUAUAGAGGUCACACUGGACCUGUUUUGGAUACAGCAUUCAAUCCAUUCAAUGAUUAUGUGAUCGCCUCUGGUUCUGAAGAUAGUAAAGUCAUGAUCUGGAAUAUUCCUGAAGAAUAUGAUGAAGAUCUUGAAGAAAUCACUCCUGUGUCCAAGUUAUCUGGUCAUCAAAGAAAAGUGGGUCAAGUAUUAUUCCAUCCAGUAGCUGAAAAUGUAUUGGCUUCAGCUAGUACUGAUUUAACUAUCAAAUUAUGGGAUAUUGAAAAAGGACAAGAAAAGCAAGAGAUCACUGGUCAUACGGAAAUCAUUCAAUCCCUUGCUUGGAACUACAAUGGUUCAUUACUUGCUACUACCUGUCGAGACAAGCGUUUACGUAUCUUUGAUGUACGCAGCAACAAGAUUGUUCAAGAAGGUAGUGGUCAUCAAGGUAUCAAGGGAUCUCGUGUUGUAUGGCUUGGUGACUCUGAUCGUUUGGCUACUACUGGGUUCUCUCGUAUGAGUGAUCGUCAAUUGAAUCUCUGGGAUACCUCUAAUUUGGAAAAACCUCUCAAAUCGGAAUUCUUGGAUACUUCUUCUGGUGUCAUCAUGCCUUUCUAUGAUAUUGAUACAAAGAUGCUUUAUCUUGCUGGAAAAGGUGAUGGUAUGAUCCGCUACUAUGAAUAUGAAAAUGAUGAACUCUAUCUUUUGUCCGAAUUCAAAUCAAGUGAUCCUCAACGUGGUAUGGCCUUUUUACCUAAACGUGCUGUGAAUGUCAGCGAAUGUGAAGUGGCUAGAGCAUAUAAGGUUGGAACUACUUUGAUUGAACCUAUUUCAUUCACUGUUCCUCGCAAGUCUGAUGCUUUCCAAUCUGAUAUCUUCCCACCCGCCAUUAGUGAUGAACCUGCAUUGACAGCAGAUGAAUGGUUCCAAGGCAAGGAUGCUAACCCUAAAACUAUCGAUCUUGAAGCUGGAUUUACUGUGAAAUCAAAGAAGGAAUUCAAUCCUACUGUUCAACCAGAAGUAGUCAAGGAAAUCAAGAUUACUGACCCCAAGAAUGAAAAGGAUUAUCAAGCAGCCUAUCAUGAAUUACGCAAGGAAAAUGAAGAUUUGAAAAACUCAUUGUCUCAACGUGAAAUCAAGAUCAGAGUUUUGGAAACUGAAAUGGAAAAACUCAAGACUCAAGUUGCUGAAUUGGAAAUGACAAAUAAGAAGAAUACUCUCAAGCAAGUGGAUGAACAAGAAGUCAAUAAGGUCGAUGAUGAUAAUGAUACAACUACCAAGAAGGAAUCGGAAACUGAAGAAUAAAAGAGAUAGGUAGACUUAUGCUGUAGUAUGUAUGACCUUCUUCCUAGUAUACAGUCUUCUUUUUCUUUUCUUUUUUUUUUUUUUUUUU